CCCAUUGGCGACUUCACACGAUGGCAAUGUUGAGCAGUGUAGGCUUGAUCGUGAUCAUGUGACGGACAGCUUUGGCAGGGAACAGCACUGAACACAGAAACAUCAGGCGCAACUAAAGGAGUUUCCACAAGCGCGAGGGAGACAGAGUCUACAAGUGAACAUCGCCGCGCUUUAAAACCGUUAUUCGAGGUCUCUGACAGACACCGAAAGUCCAGUGGAAAAGCUGUCAUCAGCAGUUUGGAUAAAGAGGUUUGGUGGCGGUGUAAGAAGAGGAGAGGACGCACAAAUCUCAGCGGGCAUGCGGGAGUUUUUGGAGUUAUUAGACGUCAAACAUUCAACAAACAUAUAAGAACUUUCGCGAAGGUCCCAUUUCUAAAUUGCGUCAUAGGCAAUUUUUUGUUUUGUUUUGUAAUUUUUGUGUGUGUGUGUGUGUGUGUGGUGGGAAAACUGAUGAUUGAGAGCGAUACAAAGUUACAACGUUUUGUUUGAAAAGUAGCAGGAGUGUGGAAUAAAUCCGGGGAAACACAUUAAAUCCCCUCAGCUUGCUUUUUUUAAUUAGGGGGGCUUUCGUGUUUUCCCUCAGACGUAAGCAUUUUUCGAGGCACAAUUUUAAACAUGGUUGGGGAAAUGGAAACGAAGGAGAAGCCUAAGCCCACUCCUGACUAUCUGAUGCAGCUCAUGAACGACAAGAAGCUGAUGAGCAGCCUGCCAAACUUCUGUGGGAUCUUCAACCAUCUCGAACGACUGUUAGAUGAAGAAAUUGGACGGGUACGGAAGGACAUGUACAAUGACACUCUGAACGGCAGCACAGACAAAAGGACUUCAGAGCUCCCGGAUGCUGUGGGGCCCAUUGCACAACUCCAAGAGAAACUCUAUGUGCCUGUCAAAGAAUACCCAGACUUCAAUUUUGUGGGGAGAAUCCUGGGGCCCCGGGGCCUGACAGCAAAGCAACUGGAGGCUGAGACAGGCUGCAAAAUCAUGGUGCGAGGGAAGGGCUCUAUGAGAGACAAGAAGAAGAGCCAUUUCCCCUCACAUGUUUUCUGUAUUUGCUCUUUUGUGUCUCUAUUUUUCUGUUUAGCAGCCUUAGCCUUCUCCCUGGCCGCCACAGCACAGGCUCCCCGAAUUAUGACCGGCCCCACACCGGUGAUGCCCACCGCGGCCCUGCGCACACCUGCCCCCACCGCCCCCACCCUCAUGCCCCUCAUCCGACAGAUCCAGACGUCUGCCCUCAUGCCUACGGGCACACCUCACCCCACCGCCACCCUCUUGCCCCAGACUCCAGAGUCCGGCAUCAUCUAUGCACCCUAUGAUUACCCUUACGCCCUCGCCCCUGCAACCUCCAUUCUCGAAUAUCCUAUUGACUCCAGUGGUGUUUUAGGUGCAGUGACUACUAAAGUACGAAGGCAGGAUAUGCGCGUCCAUCCUUACCAAAGGGUAGUGACCGCAGAACGAGCCGCCACCGGCAACUAACCAAUGACCCUCUGAACUCUUCACCCAAUGAUGACCUGACCAUUGCCUGCCUGCUGACCAGUUCUCUGGCUCUCGUCCUUCGCUUCUAUGUUUUGGCGGCCUGCUGGUGAGCCCAGAAGCAGCUUUAAUUCGCUUAACACAGCCCAGAAGCCGUGAUGGCCCCACGCCACCACCCACAGAACCGAAACGCUCCCCUUCUCAAACUGAGGACCUCCUCGGUCAGGUGACCUGGGCUUCUCAAAGCCUGCACUGAAGUUUCAAAGCAAUAACGCUGUCAGGGGGCGACACCUAAAAAUCCUACUUUCACAUGCACACAUUGCAUAAACACCAAUCUUUAUGGGUUUUUUUUAAUUAAUAAUUGAGUGUAAUGUCUAAACUGUGUCAGUUCAGCCCAAAAUGAUCAUUUCGCUUCAUUAAAAGUCUGCAUACCCAAAGAUGUAACAUAUAAAAAAAGUGAUAAACUUAUAUCAGUUAAGAAGUUUAAUUUAGUUUCUACACUGUUAAAAUUUCUGGCUGCCUUAAAUUUUUAAGUUGAAUCAAAUUAAUCUUAUAAGUGCAUUGAACUUAUAUUAUGUUAAACUGACUUAAAACAGCUUGCGUAAUUUAUAAAAUUAAGUUAGAACAUGAUUAACUUACAGUUAAUACGUUACAGUGAAUUAAAAACAUAUGCUGUCAUGACUAAUUGAUCAUAUAAUUUUCAACAGUGUAGUUUUGUAUGUAUUUGUUAUGAAUCAGUUCUUAAAGCGAUAGUUCACCCAAAAAUUUUACUUUACACACUAUUUACUCACCCUCAUGUAACAAAUGAGUUUCUUUAUUCCACUGAACACUAAACAAGAUAUUUGAAAGAAAGUGCACUGCACUGAAAAAAAUUAUACUUUGAACCAAUGCUGAAAAAAGUUGACUCAAAUUUGUAAGGCUUUUAAAAGACCUUUUUUUAGCUGACUUAAAUCGAGUUAAGUGCAGUACUCGGUUUAAAAGUUGAGUUAGCUUAAAAUUGUAAGGAAGCUGCUGUAUAGUUUUUUUUAGUUGACUCAACUUAAAUCAAGUUAAAUGCAGUGCUUGGGUAAAAAGUUGAGUUAAAAACUUAAAACUUAAAAUUGUAAGGCAACUUGCUGCACAGCUUUUUUAAGUUGACUUUUACAGUGUGUAACCAUUGACUAACACUGUAAAAAGUUUGAAAAAGUGAGUUAACUCAUUGCCUUCAAUUAUUAAAUAAAAAAAUGUGCAUAAUAUAAAAAAAUAAGUUAAGUGAACUCCACUAAGUUACAGCAUAAAUACUUUUUUAAGUAAAAACAGUUGGUCAUUUUAAGGCAUUGGGUUUACUCACUUUAUAAAGUAAUCGCUUUUUACAUUGGAUUUGGAACAACAAAUACUGUAGAAGUGAGUGGUUGUGUCUUGAUUUUUAGACAACACAGUACUAAAGCUUUAACUUUAGAAGAGUUAUGAAAUUAUGUUUUGUUUGGGAUACAUUUUUUUCCCAAUCACAACAAAAGAAAACAUUGUUAAUCUAAUCAGUUAUCAGUUGUCAUUUUCAGUUUUUUUUUUAGUUGUUGGUGGAAAUGUUAUCGAACCUUUACAAAAAUCCCCCCCCCCCCCAUACACAUACAGUUUGCAUAUUUCACACCUCUCAUCCUUUCCAUUUUUUCGGGAAUUUCAGGCUUGAUGUGGCAUGAAAGAUUUCUGUAUAUUCAUGUCUAAAUCCCAAUGACAACAGUGAGUGAAUGCAAUCAUCUUUCUCUAUGAACUAUAUGAUAAAGUAUUGACAACGUAUUUUAAUGUUAUUUGUUAAUUAAGUGAUUUUAACUUGAUGUUUUACGUUUGUUUAAUAGCAUUGAAGUGUAUUGCAGAGUUAAUUUGAUUCAACCUAAAAAAAUGUAUAAUAAUAAUAAUUCCUUACAUUUAUAUAACACUUUUCUGGAUGCUCAAAGCGCUUUACACAUUUUUGGGGGGAAUCUCCUCAUCCACCACUAGUGUGCAGCAUCUACCUAGAUGACAUGAUGGCACACCACACACCAGCUGAUUGGUGGAGAGGAGACUGAGUGAUGAAGCCAAUUAUGAUAUAGGGAUGGUUAGGAGGCCAUGAUGGACCGAGGCCAGUGAACAAAUUUGGCCAGGACUGUGGGGUUAAACCCCUACUCUUUUUCAAAGGACAUUUUAACAAUCACAGAGUCAGGACCUAGGUUUAACAUCUCACCCAAAAGACGGCGCUCACUGAGCAGUAGUAGAACAUCCCCCCUCACUAUACUGGGGUAUUAGGAACCACACAGACCACAUGUUGAGUGCCCCUGCUAGUCUCACUCACACCCCUUCCAGUAGCAACCUAGCUUUCCAUGUGGUCUCCUA